GCAGCCUCCAGGAUAAUUUGGCCUAGCAUGUGGAUGGUUGGAAGUUGUGUAAUUAUGGCACCGAAGUAAGUGUCUGGCUGGUCUACAAAGACAAUAUACCUGGGCAUCAUUAAUGCGAUGAUAUUUACUAAUCAAAGCGAGCUUUUGUGGUUAUUACACUGGUAAUUGUCUUACAGAAACGUUUUCACCCUGUCACUGGCAAAAGAAGGCAGGCCUCUAUAAACUGUACUGGAUAUCUCUUUGGAGGGGUCUUCCAAGUUUUAGCAGCGAUAUCUUUCCACAGCCAUAUUCAGCUGCUGUAUAAUCAAAAGUUAUGACAAGCCAACUAACUUGGAUAGUGAAUUUUGCUUUUCGAGGGACAAGAAAAGAGUUCAGAACACUUUUUUCGAGAUUAUAUGGCAAGUCUUGUCGACGGAGUUUUGUCACAGUUUACAGAAAGGAAGAAAUUGUUAGAAAAGGAUGCGUGCAGGGUCUUUGCAAGUUCGACAGAUUUGGUUCUCGAAAAUUUAAUUACACAUAUUUACGGUGUACCGACCACAAAAGUGAUGUUUCUUGCAGAGAUCUUGACCUUCUACAAGGGAAGCAACACCGUGGAAUUUGCUUAUCAUCAUCGGUGACAAGCAGUUAUUCUACACAGCAAAGGAAUUACACCACACAGAUUUGUGGCCAGUCACUUGCUGAUACAGAUUUGUUUUCCACUGUUAAAAAAGAUAUUUCAGACAUGUUAAGCGAUAUAAGACAGGAACUCAGAACACCUAUUGGUAACCUUGAAAGUUGUAGCAAUUAUUAUUUUGAUGGACAAGGGAAGUACAUUCGACCAACAACCAUAUUUCUAGCUGCAAAGCUCUGCAAUGUUCACAUUAAUAAGAAGAGUGAUCUGAUGUAUGGACAAAAGCGAAUUGCAAUGAUAUCUGAAAUGAUUCAUACGGCCAGCCUUUUGCACGACGAUGUCAUUGAUGAGGCAACAACAAGACGUGGAAAGAAAUCGAUAAACAUGGUAUUUACUGACAAACAAACGAUUCUGGCAGGAGACUACAUUUUGUCUAGGGCCUCUAUUGCUUUAGCACGACUUGGAAAUUGUAGGGCUGUUGAACUGAUCGCAGAAAUAAUCGAGGACCUUGUAAAAGGCGAAAUUAUGCAGCUUUUCAUUGAUGAUGACCCCAAAAAACGAUUCAGUGAUUAUCUAGAAAAGACGUACUUCAAAACAGCAAGUCUUCUCGCCAAUAGCUGCAAGGCUGCUGCGGUGUUGGGAGAUGCAGACGAGGAGGUACAAGAUGUUCUGUUUAGAUUUGGCAGAAAUAUCGGAAUCGCCUUUCAGCUCGUGGAUGACACACUUGAUUUUACAUCCACGUCAACCCAACUCGGAAAGGCUGUUACAGCUGAUCUAAGCCUGGGCUUAGCCACUGCUCCCGUUCUUUACGCAGCAGAGUGUUUCCCCGAGCUAGAGCCAUUGAUAUCAAGACGAUUUUCUGAAAAGGGUGAUGUUCAAGAAGCCUUUUACUACGUAAACAAGAGUAAUGGAAUUUCGCAAACUAUGGACUUGGCUGCAGAUUAUGUAAAAGAGGCCAUAAAUUCGAUAGACCUACUACGACCCUGUCCAGAACGAGACUGUUUAAUCGAUUUAGCUAAUUUUGUAUUGAAGAGAAAAAAAUGAAAAUUGCUGUAUGUAUCAUUGACCACCGAGCUUUUAAUUAAUUGCUGUUUUUCUAUAGUGAUAACGAAGUCCACGUUUAGAAUCGGUCCAUCUUGUAAUUGUUAUGUAGUUAUGUAUUAUAUGUCUGGUUAUGAUACAUGCAAUAGAUCGAUAUGUAAUAUAUCUACAAUCGUCUCCCAAGAGUAUCGCAUAACUUUGCUGUUGAAUGUUGACAUUAAUACGGCAAUGUUGACAAUGUUGAAAAUAUUGACAUGUAGAUUAUGCUUGUCAAUUUUCCGGUCUUAAAAAACUCUAUUAUGGUUUUUUACCGAAAACUUUAUGCUGGUUAGGAAGAAAUUGUUUCUCAAAUUUUUAUUUGAAUUAUGAAUAAGGGAACGACUGCCAUUUUAGCUUUAAAGCAGCGCAAUACUUUUUGCUCUGUAUUUUAUUUGAAGAUGCUUCUGAAUAUUUCUGUUGAAGCUAAUAUAAAUUCAUAUUGUUUGGAUAAA